GGAGUGGUUUACGGUUGUCAAAUAAUUGUUAAAAAAUUGGAAUUGAUUGAAGUUUGAAUGAGUUUUGCGAAGGAAAAUAACUUUUUGAGGGUAGUUGAGUGAUUUUAAUGACAUAGCGAUGAAUUUUAUAAAACCCUUACCGCCAUGUUUCUUUCUUUUUACCAAUCGAGGCGAGAAACAUCAGCGAGGCUCGAGGAUUUAUACAAAAUGGAGGAGGAAGAAAUUGUCAUCGGCGAAAUGGAUGCUGACCAUCCAAUUUUGUUCAUACCUAAACACUUAACCACGCUCGAAACGAACUGUGCAGUAUCUGAUAACGUAUUUAUUGACUUGAAUAUAACGUCUGCGGACUCAGAGGGAAAUGUGAUGAACGUAUAUUCUGGGUUUUGCAACGUUAAAGUCAUAAACAGUUAUGAUGUUGAUGAUAACGAUGGCGAAAUGAAUUAUCUAUCCGAUUCGGAUAAUGUAUUGGGUGAAAUCACACUACCCGACUCGAAUGAUAGCAAUGAGACUGAAAUGUUGAUAGAUCCAACAUAUAAUCCAUAUGUUAGUGGUGCCAUGGAAGCUGAGAACUACUCCAUUUACCAGUCUCAUAGAGAACACAUCACAGUGAGACAACACAGAUCUUAUCUAAAGAGAAAAGUGAACAACUACAGUGAAUCCAUGCAGUAUGCUCAAUUCAUGGAGUUUGAGCACACAAAGUUUAAACAGGUGAAAAUGAGCAAUGAAACAAAUCCACAACACGUUGAUCCCAGUUUAAACGACCAACUCGAGUGUGGAUUGUUUCUAACGCAGUUACCAGAAGAAAUAAGGCUAGCCAAUGAGAACCGAGCUAGAGAGGAGAGGAAAUACAUAGAUUUACCCAGCGAUAAUGUCGCCAUCAAGCAGCUGAUGUCCUCGGAAGUGCAGGCCAUGCCCCGGACGCAACACACCAUUAUGUUGCUUGGAGACAAUUCGCAGAAUGGACAAACCAUUCAGACUAUGGCGAUAAAUGAUCCACGGGUUAAGUGCCUUAAGAGUUGUGCUAGUGAUUUUGCUGGUAACAAUCUGCGUCAAAAGAAAUACCAGUGUGAAAAUUGCAAACAACUAUUCUAUCAGAUAUCAGCAUUCAGACAGCAUAUACAAGGCAUACACACACCAAACUCUCAGAACCCAGACGGGCCGACAAACAAUGGUGUGGGCUUCAUAUGCAUCGAAUGCAAUAAAAGUUUCAAAAGUCGCGAAAAGUUCGAAACACACUGCCUCGGCCACGGCAACCCAGAUGUAGAAUGCAGUCAAUGCAAAAAAGUCUUUGCAUCCAAAACGACUCUUCAGAACCACAUGAAAAUACAUUUAAGAAAACAUAAAUGCCCGUACUGUAGAAAACGUUAUCAAAAAUUCGAAGACUUGACAGCUCAUUUGGAGCAGGCUCACCUUGUUUCUAAAUGCGAUGUUUGUAAUUUUUCUUCAUCUACAUCAGCAUUGGAGAAACACAGAGACGAACAUAAGUUGGAUGGAGUGCUAGUUCAGGAACCUGACUUCGAAGCUUCUAACUCUGAAGACAUUCUGUCACUGAAUGACUGGCCCGCUAGUGCUGUAGACUACAGCGUGCCCUAUGUGGAGAGCAGGCAUCAUCAUGAUUCUGGAAUAGCUCAAGCAACGAGCAAUGAAUUGUUCCUGCGAGACGCCAAUAAAGCGAAGAAAUGUAAGACAAAGAGAUGUAACAUAUGCCUAAAAACUUUCGACCGCCUUAGUGAUUUGAAGCGUCACCUUAUCGAGCACAUCGUUCGGAGCAGCCUGGCGAAGAACCCCUCCGACGACUCCGGGAUCCUCUGCAUCAACUGCGACAUUUGUCAGAGCCAGACCUUCUCCCGCAUCGACGAGUACAAGGCCCACCUUCGCGAGCACGCCAAGCUAACCACCUACAAAUGCACGAUCUGCGCCAAAACCUUCAGCGACUCCAGCAACUUCUCCAAACACAAGAAAGUCCACGGUAACAAAUACUUCCAAUGCGACAUGUGCAAGCGAAAAUUCAACUCCAAAAGAACUCUAACCCAACACAUAGAGUAUCACAUCAAAAACGCACCAUUAAAAUGCAAUUAUUGUGACAAAGAAUUCUACUGCCAGUCGUCACUAAACAAACACAUAAAAUUAGCACAUAAGUGCAGAGUAACCCGCUACAAAUGUACGAUCUGUGAUGAUCUGCUAGACUCCUUAAAGGAGAAAUGGGACCACGAAUGGAUGGUACACAAAAUCAGGAAAAUAGUUGUGGACUGUCUACUCUGUGGGGAGAAGUUCAGAAAAUAUUCUGAACUCAAACGACAUUGUAAAUUGUUCCACGAAAUAGAAAUCCCACCGGCUAAGAGGCUGUUGAAGAAACGCAAGGCUCGUAAAUAAGCUUUUUCAUUUUUGGGUCACAGUUCAGAAAAUAUUGUGAACUGAAAUAUUGUAACAAGUGUCGCGUAGUGAAAAUUAAGCUGUUU